GGUUCUUUCCUUUCUUUUCCCCAUCAUACAUCUCGAAUUCUUGCUCUCAUAUUGUUGGGCUUGACAUCAUAUCUGGCACUAUGUCUCAAGAUAACCCCCCUAUUGUGCUCGACAUUGACGACGAGCAAGAUGGUGCCCCCUCGGAAGUUGGGAGUAGCGGUGCUUCAUCGACCACCAGUCUCCGCAAUUCCCUGAUGGACUACCGGAUAGAGAACGGCAGAACCUACCAUCGCUACAAGGACGGCAAAUAUGCCUUCCCUAAUGAUGACAGGGAGCUAGAUCGCCUAGAUCUGCAGCACCAGCAAUGGCUUCUUCUCCUUGACGACAGACUCGGUGUUGCACCACCUUGCAAGGAAGGUGCGCAAGUUGGCCGUGUUCUCGACGUUGGUACUGGCACCGGCAUCUGGGCUCUUAACUUUGGUGAUGAGCACCCCGAGGCUGAGGUCUACGGCGUCGAUCUCUCCCCUACCUUGCCUGGCUACGUACCCCCGAACGUCAAGUUCGAAAUUGACGAUGUUGAAGAGGAAUGGACUUGGACGCAGCCUUUUGACUACAUCAAUAGCCGAGCCAUGACGGCCAGCAUUAACAAUUGGGAAGCAUAUCUACGCCAGUGCUACGACAACCUUGCUCCAGGCGGCUGGGUCGAAUUACAGGAAUUCGAUAUCUUUCUUAAGUCUGAUGAUGGAACCCUCGCGGAAGACAACAUUCUCUUGAAGUGGGUCAAGCUUCUUAAGAGUGCUGCAGAGACGCUGGGCCGCACUUACGUCUCGCCCCCGUCGUUGAAAAGUCUUCUCUCUGAGAUAGGUUUCGUAGACGUGUCGCUGAGCCUCUACAAGUGCCCACUUAACACAUGGCCCAAGGAUCAGAAGUACAAACAGCUUGGCGCCGUGGCGUGCGAGAACAUGCUAGCUGGUAUAGAAGGGUUCACUAUGGCAUCUCUAACGCGCGCUUUUGAUUGGACGCCCGAGGAGGUCAACGUCCUCUUGAUCGAUGUGCGAAACGAGGUCAAAAACAGAAACACACACUCGUAUACGCCAUGGUGUGUUUCCAUACACCCACUGCCUCCUUUCCCGGAACUCUGUUGUAUUGACAUGUAUUCUAGGUACUGCAUCAUCGGGAAGAAGCCGGAGAAGGAGCCCACUCUGGCUCCUCCGGCCCCCCCUUCUGCUGAGGCCGCCUCAUUCACCCCAGCCUAGGGACCAGCCAAAAGCCCACCUCCGAGGCCAGAGUAAUAUUAUGAACGAGGGCCAUCCCUAAUCAAACGGUCUCAAGCACUUGAUUGUAGAGUUAAACCGGAGAGAAAGAGACAGGGCCAGAUUUCAUGAGCUCAUUGCGCAUUCCGCAUUACUUCCACUAGUA